AUGAGGCGCAAUUUAAUAUUAAUGCUAUGCGCCUUUAGCUUGACCUACCAGCAGCUGCAGGUGGAAGAAUGUCGGUCGAGACCACCUUCGCCCGAUCAUCCCAAUAUUGUGAUUUUGAUGAUCGAUGAUUUGGGCUAUGGCGAUAUUGCCGCUUAUGGUCACCCGACUCAAGAAUACACCCAAUUGGAUCGAAUGGCCUCCGAAGGCACACGUUUUACACAAGCUUACUCAGCAGACAGUAUGUGCAGUCCGAGUAGGGCUGGAUUCAUAACAGGUCGUCUACCCAUCAGAUUAGGAGUUGUUGGAGGCCGAAGAGUAUUCGUCCCAUAUGAUAUUGGAGGUCUCCCGAAGCAAGAAAUUACAAUAGCUGAAAUGUUAAAAGAAGCUGGCUACGUUACCGGUAUGGUCGGAAAAUGGCACCUUGGUAUAAAUGAGAACAAUUCAUCCGAUGGAGCGCAUUUGCCUUCAAAACGUGGAUUUGAUUAUGUUGGUGUAAAUCUUCCGUUUACAAAUGUUUGGCAAUGUGACACAACUCGAGAGUUCUACGACAAAGGACCUGACCCUUCUCUUUGCUUUUUGUAUGACGGAGACGAAAUCGUUCAGCAACCGAUGAAAUUUGAGCACAUGACUGAACAUUUGAUAGGCGAUUGGAAGCGAUUUUUGUAUAAUCGAAUGACGCAUGAUCAACAUAAAAAUCCCUUCUUCUUCUAUUUCUCAUUCCCACAGGUUCACUCGACACAAUUCGCCAGUAAAAGAUUCCGAGGAUCUUCCGUUAGAGGCAUCUACGGGGAUUCGAUUAAUGAGAUGUCAUGGGCAGUUGGGGAAGUUCUAGACAGUCUUUUGAACGCGGGAAUCGCGGAGAACACGUUGGUAAUUCUUAUGUCGGACCACGGACCACAUAUCGAGUUGUGCCUAAAUGGUGGUUCGACGGCAGGGCUUAAAGGAGGAAAAUCAAACAGCUACGAAGGUGGAUUCAGAAUCCCGUUUAUAGCUUGGCAGCCCGGAACAAUUAAGCCAGGAAGAGUGUCACACGAAGUUAUUUCGAGCAUGGAUUUGUACCCAACAUUCAGGGCCAUGCAAGAUGAGUGUCUUUUUGAGAAGGAGCAACUUCAACUCGAUGGAAUUAACAUUAUUGAUGAACUCCGCGGAGAAUCUGACGAAGAGGAAGGUAGCCUUGGAAAAAGGAGGCCAAUCAUUUUCUACUGUAAUACGAAUUUGAUGGCAAUCCGCAUAGGCAACUAUAAAGUUCAUUAUAAAACUUCUCCAAUUUUCCUAAACACGACUACGGAUCCGAAGCUUGACGAAUACUGUCCGAAUGGAAAACCGAAGAAAGAUUGGUAUGUCUCUCAAAUUUGCCCUGAUGAGGAUCUACAAAAGCACUAUCCGCCGCUGGUUUUUGAUUUGAUCCGCGAUCCUUAUGAGCAAUAUCCGUUGCAAAAUUCGGUGAAAUCACAAGAGAUCCGCUUCCUCGCCACUCAAAUCCUCACCAAACAUAAAGCUUCAAUUGUUAAAGUUCCUCCGAUUCUUGGACAUUUCAACAAAACAAUAAUCCCUUGCUGCAAUCCACCAACUUGUAUAUGCGACAAACUUGUUCGUCCGACUGUAGUACUUCACGAGAAAUCGGAGCAACCUCAUUAUAUUCCCGAUUACUCGCGAGCAGACUUUGGGUUUUUGUUCGAGCUCAUCAACGACGCUUUGGAAAUAUUCCAUCGAUCACCGUGUGAGCCGAUAAUCCUAAAUGCUCCGAUUAAUAUUUGUGGGGAUUUGAGAAGCAAAUAUAGUGACUUACUAGAUGUAUUUUCGAAAUGUGGUUGGCCUUUUGAAUCGAAAUAUCUAUUUCUUGGCAAUUUGAUUGAAGGCGGUCAGUUCUCUUUAGAAGUAUUCGUUCUACUCUAUUGUUCCAAGUACUGCUACCCGGACAAUAUUCAUAUCAUCCGAGGUUACUUGGAAAACUAUUUGGCCAUGAAGGAUAACAGUUUUCUCGGCGAAUUGCGCUUGAGAUUCCCCAACUCGAACCAAUGGAAAUUGUUGAAUACACAAUUUAAGAAAUUAUUCAAUAAAGUGCCAUUGUGCGCUGUACUUAACAAGAAAAUAUUGUGCGUAAAUUCGAUGACCACGCUGGAAAACACGGCCAAUGAAAAAAAUAUAGUUAUUAUGAAAAAAAGAAACUACAAAGAAUAUUAA